GACGGCCGUCCCCGCGCCCUCCGUCUGCCCCGCCACUCGCUACUGGCCUGGACUUUGUCAGCCGACAGCCAUCCCACCAACCAUGUGGCCAUCUUCCGUCUGCCCUCCAUCUACCGUCCGUCCACCUGCCGCCCACCGUUCGUCCACCACCGUCCGUCCACCGCCCACCGCCCGUCCGCUCUCCACCGGUUUCUGUGCUCCGUUUACCCCGGUCUACGCUUAGUCCACCCUCCGUAGGCUGUCCAGCUUUUGCGCCGUCCGUCCACCCUUUGUCCACGGUCUGUUCCAAACUUCGCCCGGCGCUUUAUUACGUCCACCAUCAGUCUGCCUUCCAUCUCUCUCCAACCUCCUUCCAUUCUCCGCUGUCCCUCCGUCUAUCCCUAGCCAGCCCUUUGCCCCCUCUCCUCUGUCCACUCUCGGUCCACCAUCCGUCCACCUUGUGUCCACCCUCUGUCCACCCUCCGUUCAUUCUCGGUCCACCUUCCGUCCACUGUUUUUCCACCGUUGGUCCUCUGUCCACCCUCUUUCCACACUCCAUCCACUCUCCGUCCACAGCCACAUCCCGGGCCAGCCGACGACGUGACAGCAGGCCCAAUCGAGGAAUUAGCGCGGCCUGCCGGAAAACUAAUCUUCCGUACGCGAGGAGCACAAAGGUGACGGGCUGUGACACCACGACCACCGACGCCGCCUUGUCCGCCGCCGCCGGCCGGGGGGCGUCCAGGAGCGACGGCGGGGCGGCGGCGGGGUGGCAGCGGUCGCUCCUUCGGCGGACGGAGCUAGGCGGUCAGUGCCGCUCGGUGGCGACUGGGAGCCGGAGGGCUCGCCUGGGGGUGGAGCGUGUCGGGCGAGGAGAGUGGAGACGUGUGGUUGUGGGGAGUGGUAGGCGAGACGGUGAUAAGAGCUGGACGGUAGGAGUGGAGGUGACAACGGACUGAGAGGUCAGAUUGGUAGAGAUUCCCCGAGAGUGGAGGGAGAGAGGAGACAUCUGGGGUGGUGCGCGUCCGUCGGUCCACCGGCUCGAGCCCUCUCGGGUGACCGGGAGCGGUGCAGGUGGUGAAACAGCACCAUGGCGUGCUCGUCACUGGUGCCACUGGUGCUGCUUCUGCUGGUGCUAGAGCGUCAACUGUCGGACGCCACCAACACAAUCACAAUCGGCGCGCUGUUUGACCAGUACGAGUCGGACCCGGCGCGGGAGCUGGCUUUUCGGUACGGCGUGGAGCGGGCCAGCAGCAGCAUCAAGGCUGAGGGCACCUCCAUCGUGCCGCGGGUGGAGCGCGUGCCCGCCAGCAACGGCUUCCAAACGGCCAAACGAGUGUGCCACCUUCUGAAGGUGGGUGUGGGCGCCAUCAUCGGGCCGGCCACCGAGCCGACCGCUGCGCACGUUCGCAGUCUGUGUGACACCAAAUCUGUGCCGCAUAUGACCACCUCGUGGCGGUACCGGCGGCGCAGCGAGCCUUUCUCGGUCAGCCUGUACCCCCACGCCGAGACACUGAGCCAGACCUACGUCGAUAUUCUGGAAACCCUGCGAUGGACUAAAUUUCACGUCCUCUAUGAGGACAACAACUCUCUAGUCCGUCUACAAAGGGUUUUGAGAAUGAUGAAUACAAAUAAUAAAAUAUCAAUGACCGUUCGACAACUACCGGCGAAUAUGGAUUACAGGAUGCUGCUGAAGGGAAUUCAGAACUCCGGCGGCACCCAUUUAGUGGUGGACUGCUCUGCAGAGAACAUUUACCAGGUGCUGAAGCAGGCGCAGCAGAUUGGCAUGGUCACCCGCUACUACCACUACUUCUUCACCAACCUGGACCUGCACACGGUGGAUCUGCACGACUUCCAGUUCGCGGGCACCAACAUCACCGGUCUGCGGCUGGUGAACACGGACGAUUAUGACGUCAUCAGGCAGGUGCAGAGCUGGAAGGAGGCGGAGGCACUACGGGGACGGCACGUGACCGUCUCCCCCAGACGGCUCAGCACGGAGGCAGCACUUCUGUACGACGCCGCACUGCUGUUUGCCAAGGCCGUCGAUGACCUGCACGUGUCACGUGACAUCCGGGUCAUGUCACUCAACUGCGACAUGGACGACCUCUGGCCACAUGGAGAGAGCGUUCUCAACUACAUGAGAAACGUGGAGGUUCUGGGGCUGACGGGUCUGGUGCGGUUCGACACCACUGGUGUGCGCUCCCACUUCUCGCUGGAUGUGGUGACGCUACUGGACGAGGGCCUGGUGCCGCUCGGCCGCUGGACGCCCGAAGGGUUCAGCGCCUCUGGUGCCGACAACAGAACGCGCGUCGUACCCAGCAUCAAGAACCAGAACCUCACCGUUACAACUCUGCUGAAAGAGCCAUACACCAUGCUCAAGGAAUCAUCUGAGGAACUGGAGGGUAACGACCGAUACGAGGGAAUCUGCGUCGACCUCAUCGAGGAGCUGGCGCAGGCUCUCCACUUCAACUACACCAUCAAACCGGUGCCCGAUAACGCUCCGGGCAAGUACGACCCCGAGACGGGCCGGUGGAACGGCAUGAUUGGCGAGCUCCUGGAGGGCAGGGCCGACCUGGCCAUCUCCGACCUCACCAUCACCUUCGAGAGGGAGGCCGUCGUCGACUUCACCAUGCAGUUCAUGAACCUAGGCAUCAGUAUUUUGUACAGGAAGCCGACACGGGAGCCUCCGUCACUCUUCUCCUUCCUCUCCCCUCUGUCUCUGCGUGUCUGGCUGUAUAUGGCGGGCGCCACCAUGGGCGUCUCAUUGCUCAUGUUCGUCCUGGCCAGGUUCACACCGUAUGAGUGGGAGCCCCCGCACCCGUGCGCUCCCGACCAGGAGCAGCUCCAGAACAACUUCAACUUCCUCAACUGCAUCUGGUUCUGCAUCGGCUCCCUUAUGCAGCAAGGAUGCGACUUCUUGCCGAAGGCGGUAUCUACUCGAAUGGUCGCUGCGAUGUGGUGGUUUUUCACUCUUAUCAUGAUAUCUUCGUACACUGCCAACCUGGCAGCGUUCCUCACGGUGGAGCGACUGGUGUUCCCCAUCACCUCUGUAGAGGACCUGGCCGCGCAGAGCUCCAUCAAGUACGGACUCUACGAGAGCGGUUCCACGGCCACCUUCUUCAGGACCUCCCAGAUCGCUCCGUACAACAAGAUGUGGCAGGUAAUGGAGUCGCAGUCUCCCACCGUGUUCCACGACACCGAGGAGGGCAUCCAGCGCGUCAAGAACGACAAGGGCAACUUCGCCUACUUCAUGGAGUCUUCGUCGAUCGAGUACCACGUAGAGCGCGACUGCGAGCUCUCCCAGGUCGGCGGACUGCUCGAUAACAAAGGAUACGGCAUCGCACUGCCGCCAGAUUCGCCUUGGACCAACCAGCUCAACGAGCGGCUGGUCUACAUGCAGGAACAGGGCAAGCUGGCAGAACUCAAGAACAAGUGGUGGAAAAACGACGGUGCUCAGUGCUCUGAUGACCGUGGUAGGUCCAGCUCGGCGGCCAGCGAACUGGACCUGGAGAACGUGGGCGGAGUGUUCGUCUGCCUGAUGGGCGGCAUGGUUGUGGCCACGCUAAUCGCCGUCGUUGAAUUCAUCUUCCACCUGCGGGACCAGGCCUCCGACGAUAACACCUCGGUGCUCUCCGAGAUGGGCCGCGAGCUGCGUUUCAUCCUGCGGUGUCACGGCAGCACGAAGCCAGCGCGCGCGCCGCCGCCGGCUGAGAGACGCGGGUCCGGCUCUCACGGUCUGGUGGCUUUCAACGAGGCGGCAGCGCGAAAACACACCGCUGCCUACGGAGACUUCGGGACACCGGCUGUCUCCUGACCGGCGGCCAAUGGCGUCAGGGGUCACUGACAGAUCAGUCGGCUGGUGGACCACUGACGGGGCCUUCAAUGGAAUCAGAGGUCACCGACAGAUCAGCAGAUGUUACUGAACAAUCAGCAGCAUCACUGACAAGUGGGGAUACCGAGAGCGGAUGUGGAGACUGACGUUCAGUGACGGUGGCCCGCGGACGCCAGUGACUCGACCUGGAAGAAACACAGUUCUUUGGCCAACGGCCGUUUGAACCUUGCCGCUUGCGUAUGUGUGGUGUGAGCACUCAAUGGACGGGCACAGUGCCCUGGCGAUGGGUUUACUCUGUCAUAUGUGAGCUCGGCCGCCGACGGGCUCAGUUGGAUCCCUGCUUGCGCCAGAUGGAGCUGGCCAGUGGAGUGCCGGAUGAUUGGGUGUAUGACCGAAUGUCAACUUCGGGAUAAAGACUGGUGUUAUUGUAGGUCACAAUGCAAGAGUUUCUCCAUAAGAUAUCUCGAUUUACGAAAUGCGUUGCUCGUACAUCUUUUUGGAUGUUAUUCUUGUAGUUGUAGUGCGUGUAAGAAUACCUGUUUCCUGUAGUGCUUUGCAUGCAGAUGUAAUAAUAAACCUGGCGUUGCGCUUGGCGAUUUC